GUCUCUUGGACAUUCUACUAAUGAUUCCAGGGCUUGUAAUUUCUCUACUACAGUUUUGAAGUCUGAACCUCAUACAUUUUCAUUUUCUUGCUCUAUUUUAUUGUGUUUCUAGCAGUGAUUAUCUCAGAGAAGAAGCUCUGUUUUCUACAAGCUGAGUUGGAGAUAUGAAAUCAAGCCAAACUACUUCUCUUAAAAGAAGAUUUCAUCAAUCCAGCUCUAAUGAUAAAGGUUCAAGAAGAAAAACUGAUGCUGUUGAUCAUUCUGACCCAUUCUCAAUACCAAAUUUGAAGGAAGAAUUGGAUAAAGAUAGAUAUGGUAGUGUCACAAAGGAUAUUGAAGCUCUCCUUGCUAGGAAAAAAAGGGAGUUGUUCAGUCCUCUUCAGGAGAUAUAUUUUGGUCAUACUCUAAAAUCUGCUGCAGAAUCUCCAAUAAGUGGCUUAGAUGGAAACAUUAACUUGGCAUGUCAAAGCACUAUUGAUUUGGAUAGCGAAGACGAGGUUGAUGUUCCAGCAGCUAUUUGUGCUGAAAGAACACAAACGCACAGCAGGCGGGGUAUUUUCCUCACGCCAAGAAGUAAUAAUGUACUGGUAACGUUUGGCACAGAUGCAGAAAAUGGAGACCAGAUUGUACAGAAGCCUGAUUACAGCCAUGAUCCCAAUCACUGUGGCCUUCAGAUGUCUAGUACUGAAAAACAAGUAGGAUCGCAAAUCCAGACUCGAUACCAUGCAAAACAAGAGCACGGAAGGAAUUCCACCACUCAAAGUGAUAAUCAAGGGAUUGAACCUGUUGGAGCACAGAAAAAGCCUCAUUACGGCUCCCAGUCUAUCUUUUUGAAGAAGCCAGAUGGCGAAAACCCAGCAAAAGAUGUACUUGGAAGUGAUCAGCGAAAUAGAAAAGUUGAGAAAGAAGGGGAUCGAGGUAUUUGUGGCGAAACACCAAUUGAGAAAUCAAAAGGUGUAUACGUUGGUGUUCAAGAUGAUCUAAUGAGCAACUCUCAGAGGAGUGGUCAUAGCGGUGAAGAUGAUGGGCUAGGAGAGAUAUGGAAAGAGAUGUCUUUAGCAAUAGAAUGUUCCAAGGAUUCUUCCUUGCCCCUGAGUACUGCUAUUGAACAUACUGCGGCAGAAGAGGAGGGAGAAGAAGAAUGUGAACACUCUUUUAUUCUCAAGGAUGAUCUGGGGUAUUUUUGUAGGAUAUGUGGAGUGGUUGAAAAACGCAUUGAACAAAUAAUUGACUUCCAGUGGGGAAAGGGACUGAAGACUACCAGAUGUAGUUACAUGUCUCAGUCUCGUAAUGUGAAGGAUGGCAAACAAGUUGAAGGAUCCAAGCUUACUGUUCAGAAUUUAAUGGAUCAAGAUUUUGGUGUAGCUGACAUAUCCGUGCAUCCAAGGCACAUGAAGCAAAUGAAGCCUCAUCAACUUGAAGGUUUCAACUUCUUGCUUGGGAAUUUAGUAUGCGACAGUCCAGGUGGUUGCAUUUUGGCACACGCGCCAGGAUCAGGAAAGACAUUUAUGGUUAUAAGCUUUUUGCAAAGCUUCCUGGCCAAAUACCCUGAUGCCAGACCACUUGUAGUGUUACCCAAAGGAAUACUGGGUACUUGGAAGAGGGAGUUUAAAAGAUGGCAGGUUGAAGAAAUCCCCUUGUAUGACUUGUAUAGUUCAAAAGUAGAUAGUCGAGCAGAACAGUUGGUUGUCUUAAAACAAUGGGUGGAACGCAGAGGAAUCAUGUUUGUUGGAUAUCAACAAUUUGCAAUCAUCAUAUCCAAUAGUACAAGCAGCACUUCUGCAGCAGCCUGCCAUGAGAUACUCCUUAAGGUUCCUACUUUACUUAUUCUGGAUGAGGGUCAUACACCUAGGAACGAGAGCACAGAUCUGCUCUAUUCUCUUUCACAGGUUCAAACUCCUCGGAAGGUAGUAUUAUCUGGCACCUUAUUUCAGAAUCACGUGAAAGAAGUUUUUAACAUUUUGAAUCUUGUGUGUCCCAAAUUUAUGAAGCUAGAUACACCGAAGGCUGUUGUGAGAAGGGUAAUGAGCAGGGUUCAAAUUGGUCCCAGAAAGCAGAUUAAUAAGAGUGGGGGAGCAGGCACACUGUUCUAUGACUUAGUUGAAGAGACCCUACAAAAUGACCAAGAUUUCCGAAGGAAAGUCACAGUGAUACAAGACCUACGAGAGAUGACAAGCAAGGUUUUACACUACUAUAAAGGUGAUUUUCUUGAUGAACUUCCAGGUCUCGUAGAUCUGACUGUAGUUCUCACUCUCAGCGCCAAACAGAAACUUGCAGUGCAAAAAUUGAAAAAAUUGGAGUACUUCAAGAGAAGUUCCAUGGGGAGUGCAGUAUAUGUGCACCCUCAGUUGAAAGAAUUCUCUGAGAGUUAUGCCACCGGAGACAGAGGACACAUUAAUGAAGCUAAGAUUGAUGAGCUACUUAGCAAACUAGAUGUUGCGGACGGUGUCAAAGCAAAGUUUUUCUUGACUAUUUUGGGGCUUUGUGAAUCUGCUGAGGAAAAGCUGCUAGUUUUCAGUCAAUAUCGCCUUCCACUUAAAUUUUUGGAAAGGCUAGUGGUGCAAACUAAGGGUUGGAUCCUUGGGAAGGAAAUCUUUUGCAUUUCGGGCGACUCUAGUCAAGACCAGAGAGAAUUGUCAAUGGAUCGUUUCAACACUUCACAAGAUGCAAAAGUCUUCUUUGGCUCCAUAAAGGCAUGUGGGGAGGGAAUCUCUCUUGUCGGGGCAUCUCGCUUACUGAUUUUAGACAUUCAUCUCAAUCCCUCAAUUACUCGACAGGCUAUUGGUCGUGCAUUUCGACCUGGUCAAACAAAAAAAGUGUAUGCUUAUAGGUUGGUUGCACCAGACUCACCCGAGGAGGAAGACCACGAUAUAUGCUUCAGGAAGGAGUUAAUUUCGAAGAUGUGGUUUGAGUGGAGUGAGAUAUGUGGUUACCAUGACUUUUCAAUGGAACAAGUUGAUAAAAAGGACUUGGGUGAUGCGUUCUGGAAUAGCUGUUCCUUUGGUGAAGAUGUGAAAGCUUUGUACAGAAGGUGAACCUUCUUAAGGCCAGGGUGGAGAUGUUUUCUUACAAUAUGGUUGAAGAUGUUGUGCUAUGGAGGGCUUACUGGGGGUUUUGCUUAUAGUUACUGUUAAGGGGUUUGUAUGUCAUGGUCCUCAUGGAUCUCUUUAGCACAUACACAAAAACUUUAGCUGUUUCCUGGGAAUUUCCUCAUAUGUAAAUGAAUUGGAUUAAGAGAAAGAUGGCCAAAAAGAAGAAUGAAUGAUAGGAUAAGCCGGAUGUUAUUAAGUUUGAAAUAGUUUUUUUUUUUUGUCGCACAUCUGUUUACAUAGUGAACAGUGUUGUUCUGAAAACUAUACUGCACCCAUUUUGAAGGUUUACAGAAAGUCUAUUAGGUUUGGAUGUCCAAUUAGAAAGACCUUAGUUAUGGUUUAGAAGCAACUCUAUCAAUAGCACUUUCCUUCUAGUGAACCCCUAGUUAACCUAAGGAGGCAUUUUUUGCAGGUACUGAUUGUCUUAAUUGUAAGCUGCAAUGCUGCGUGCAUAUAUUGAUGGCAUCAGUGUGCAGAUUUUCUGCAAUAAAAAGCAUGAUUCUUAUUCACUAAA